CGUAAAAAUAUGUUCUCUUUGCGUUCGACGUGCACGUUUUUUAGACGGAGCAAAAGAAUAAGCUCCUUAAGUUUAUCUCGAUUUUGUUCUAUUUUACAGAUAGACACAAACCGUCAGAAUUAUCUUCACCAGCAGAAGAUGUCCUACUCAACUGUUGAAAGAGGCUGCCCAAAUUCUCUUGAGUACAGGGUUUAUUUUCGCAAUGAACUUGGCCCAAUAUCACCAUUCCAUGAUAUUCCUCUAUUUGCUGACAAAGAAAACAAGAUUUAUAACAUGGUGGUUGAAGUACCACGUUGGACUAAUGCUAAAAUGGAGAUCAAUACAAAGGAGCCUCUGAACCCUAUUCAUCAAGAUCUUAAGAAAGGAAAACUACGUUUCGUUCAUAACUGUUUUCCACAUCAUGGUUACAUCUGGAAUUAUGGAGCCUUUCCUCAGACCUGGGAGGACCCUGGUAAAGUUGAUGCUUCAACUGGCUGUAAGGGAGACAAUGACCCAAUUGAUGUGUGUGAGAUUGGUUACAGGGUGGCAAGUAGGGGACAAGUAAUUCAAGUCAAGGUUCUUGGAACCAUGGCUCUCAUUGAUGAAGGUGAAACUGAUUGGAAGAUUAUUGCAAUUGAUGUUAAUGACCCUUUGGCAGACCAGCUGAAUGAUAUUGAGGAUGUUGAAAAGCAUAUGCCUGGAUUUAUACAGGCAACCCAUGAAUGGUUCAAAAUCUAUAAAAUGCCAGAUGGAAAACCUCAAAAUCAGUUUGCUUUUGAUGGUGAAGCAAAGAACAAGGACUUUGCUGAAAAAGUCAUAGAGGAAACUCAUGAUAAUUGGCAGGAGCUGAUCCAGAGCAAAACAGGAAAGGAAGAAUUAUCAUGCUCAAAUGUAAAUGUUGAAGACAGUCCAUGCAAGAUUAGUAUUGACGAAGCAGAAAACAUUAUUAAACAGAGCCCAGAACCUGGACCUGCCAUGCCUCGUGAUCAAAGUGUGAACAAAUGGCAUUUUGUGCAGCUGUAAUGGAGACGUUCACCAU